GGCUCCACCAGCGCACACGGCAAGGAGUCCAAAUCGCCGUGACUUUGAAAAAACAUAGGGACAUUUUGGCAGAUUUUGAAUUAACGGUUCGCUAAAACUACAAAAGAAUAAUGAGAAACGGCCCCUAAGUCGAUCGAAGAAGAGCACACUAAAAGAACUUUAGAGAUAUUGGUAUUCUAGAAACCACUGAAAUCGAUGUCAAAGUCGAUAGUUCAAACCGCGCAACUUCGCCGCGUCCCUCCGAAUAUUCAAAAUUUGUUUUGUUUCAAGAAAUUGCAUGUAUGUUUUCGUAAAACUAUCAUAUAGUGUCGUGCCUGGUUUCUAGUUUAAUUGAACGUCCUUUUCCGUGCUGCCAUCUUAAUCAAUUUAUAGUUCAUAAUUCUAGGUUGAAUGAUAUGCUCUACGUGUUUUAACUCAGCACUUCAGAAGUAGUGCCUCUCUCAUAACAAUGGAACGAGAAGAUGACGAUGAUAGUAUACCUGCAACUCAACCAGUGAGAACCCUCCUGCUAGAUGGUGUUGUGGCGUAUGUUGAAGUGAGAUCUGGUCAUGACAAUAGAUCCAGAGGAGUUAAAACACAAUUAAAAAAACUUGGAGCCAGAGUAGUUGAUACCUUGACCAAGGAUGUGACACAUGUAGUUUUCAAUGAGGGCCUGCCGUCAACAUACAAGAAGGCAAAGAAAAUGAAAUGCCAUUUGGUGUCUGUCUUGUGGAUUGAAGCUUGUAAAGAAGAAUUAGCUAAAGUUUGUGAAGCAGGUUACCCACCUAUUGGACAACAGGUGUAUGAAAAUCCACAAUCCCUUAAAAACUUCAAGAAACUUAAAUCAAUGCAACCCGAUUUUGAUGAAGAAGUGGCUAUUGCAAAAACAAAUAAGGUUCGAAAAAUAAUACAGCGCCGCAAACCAAAAGUAGUGGAACCUACAAAGGACGAUAACAAAAGUGACAGUGAAGUCAAUAUAUCAUCAUCUGAAACAAAUACUAUUAACACUGGUAUUCCUACAAAGAAACCUCUAAGAACAAAAAGUACUCGGACGUCUACCAGCCUUAAAAACUCAAAAAAGGCUUUGAAAGAAAUUACACCAGUUAUUAUCAAUAAGUCAUCUACUUGUAAUGAACCACAAAAGAAAAAAACUACUAUAACAGAAGAGAAGCGUUCUGCUCGUGAGGAAAAUGCAAAUGAAUCACUCCAGAGAGCAGGAAGUUCUUCAGAAAGUGUUAUUUUCUGUGGUGUGGUGCAUGAUGUACCUUCUAUCAGUACAACUCGCAGAAAAAAAAGCUCUGAGGCCUCAUGUAACAAAGAGAUCUCUCGUGCUGAGUUUGUGGAAGGAUUAAGUACUGUUGUUCGAUCUCUAUCAGAAAACAAUCAGAAAUGGGCGCCUAGUGAAAUUUCACCAUGGAGAAGGCGUUUAUAUGAAGGCAAUAAAAAAGUGUUGCCUCCUUCACAAGUGCCCCAGAAAAAAGGUCUCAGUUCAACAAAGACUUCCUUGCCUAGAAAAAGUCAAAGACAGUUAGAAGAACAAGAAAAAUUAUCAAAGAAAUCUGAUCCAGUUAGUGCAUCAGCAAGUGCAGCUCGUCUCCAAAAGCAGAAAAUGCCACCUCCGUCACCUUUAGAACCUUUUAUGCUACUAUCUCAGGAGCCAGGAGAUAUGCCAAGCUUAGACGAAUUGGCAAGAAUGAAAAAAGGUGCUAUCAAUGUUGGGGGGGCUCCUAUAACUCUUUCUCAAAUAGUGAGAUCAUAUGAUGCUGUGGCUAAGAAAGAUUCAUCCAGUUUUACUUCGGCUGCUGGUGAAUCAAAGAGCCCAAGUCAACCUGAAGUUAACUACAAGAGUUCACAAAAUUCAAACAAGGGUGAGCAAGUUGGUGGACAGGAAACCUUGAUUUAUGUGGAGGAUGCUGAAUGUGAUGCAGAAGUUGUUGAGCAUUGUGGAAAUACUUGCCCUUCAGAUGCGGGGUCUACAAUGUCUUCAGCAAGCACAAGAGUGUUGAUCAAUGGAAUGGCAUCAGAACGUUCUAAUGUCAGUUUCACAAAUACUUUGCCUGGGCUGGAGGAGGAGGAGGAGGAGAAGGUGCCUUCCGUUGGUGGUCUGUUAGCUCCAUCUACCUUGGAAGAUAGAGAUGUUGAAACAUGUGAAAGAAAACCAUCUCCUGUAUUUGUCAUCAAGAAGGCAAAGUUUAGAAGACCAUUGAAAAAAAUAGGAACUACUCUUAAGAAGGAUGUGGGUCCAUCAACUUCCUCAGACUUCCAAAUUAUAAAUGAUAGUGAAAACAAUCAUCAGCAUGGACUAGGGGAUAGUAAAACAGAAGAUAACUCUAACUCCACUUCAGCCGAAGCUAAUAAAAAGAAAGGGUCUAUUAAUCCAAUGGAUUAUAUCAACAAGAUAUUUUUGCCCAAGUUUUUAAUGGCCAGUAGUACACCAAAUAAUAUUGAGAGCACUACUGUGUAUGUGGAAGAGACCCCUGACAUAGUAUGCAACAUGAAGAAUGAAGUUCCGUCAGUGGUCAUCCCUCCAACUCCUGCUGUUGAGAUGGAGUGUGUAAAAAAUGACACCAUAGUUUCACCCACUCAAUCCUUAACUGGUUCUGUAAUUUCAUGGAUGAAAAGCUGCAAAGUUCCUCUUUUCGGCAAGAAAAAGUGUGAAACUCCAAGCAGCAGACAAGCUGUUUUAGAUUCUGUUUCAAAGUCACCUAAAAAGGUUUUCAAUGAGACAGUUGACACCACACAAGUCACUUCUGCAAAAGCUGGCUCUGUGAAGUCUGUAACUCAACAUUCUCGAAAAGAUGAGGUUGACAAGGACCAGGAUCCAACCUUUCAAACCCAAUCAAAAGAUUCUGAAGAUUCUAUAGUCCCUUCAGAUACCCAGCAACCUUUACGAAUGUCCACUCGAAAGCAGCAAAGUUUGUCACCCUCCAAGUCUGUAAGGUCAAAAAUAACCAAGAAACUGGAAGACAGUGGCAAUAAUGUUAGCAAUGCUACUGCAUCAAAUCCUCUGCCGGGGAAGAAAUCAGAAGAAAGCAGUGGGAUCAAAACUAGAAGAAGAGUAAAAGUUAAAUCUACUCUUGAGCCAAAUAAUUGUGGGACACCCACUAACAAACCCCAAAAAUCAUCUUCUGUGAAACAAUCACCUGCUAGAGUCAAUAAAAACGAAAAACAAGAGUCAAGUUCUGGUUAUGAUACUUCUAACUCACAAGUCACUCUAUUGAAGAAGAGUCCUGAAAAACAUUCUGAUAUCUGUUCUUCCAAGCGGAAGAGGAUAUCAGAAAUUGUGUCUCCCAUUCAAGGCCCCGCAAAGAAAAGAAGUGCUGUUUAUGAAACCUCCACAACUUCAACCUUGGAUAACAGCCAAGACACUGACAGCCCUCCACAACCGUCUGGUAGAAAAAGAACUAAUACUGUGCCAAGCUUACACAGUAAAAGGGUGAAAUUGAACUCAUCUGAACCCUCUGUGCAUUCAAAAACCACAAGGCAAAGUAGAGUUGAUUCAUCAUUGAGUUUAUUAAAGACGCGGUCUCAAUCUGACUUGUCUAAUGAAAGCUCACAAUCCAGUGAGAGGAAAUCAUCAGUAGUAGCUAAGAAGCGACUAGCCAAGAGCCUCACCAGGUCAUACUCCAGCAAUACUCCGAAAGUUAUAGUUUGCACUUUCUUAACAACAAGUGAACAGAAUGGUAUUGACGUUGCAGGUGAAGCUUUAAGUAGGUGGAAGCUAGAGGAUAAGGUCACAUCUCGCACCACUCAUGUUAUUAAUAGUGGACCAAAGAGAACUCUUAAUAUGAUAAAAGGAAUGGCAAGAGGAUGUUGGCUAGUAGACCAAAAAUGGAUGCUGGAUUCUUCUAAAGCUGGAGACUGGCUGGAGGAGGAGCAGUAUGAACUUGUAAAAUUUUCACCAGCUGUCAGGCAAUGUCGGUUAAAGCGACAAACAAUGGGCAAAGAGUUUAAACAUGAUCUAUUUUGUAAAGUAGGGACCAUUUAUGUUUCACCAAAGACUGAAAAUCCUCCUGCUAAGGAAGUCCGUGAAAUUUUGGAGUUAUGUGGUGCAGAAUUGAUAUCUUCUCAUAAGGAAGCUAAUAACAUUGUUGGAGUUAAGAUGAAUCACAAAGGCUCCUAUCAUUGUGUCAAUGCCCGUUGGGUUUUGGACAGUGUAACCAAAAAUAAAGUUUUGUCUGUAAGCGAGCCAUCUUUUCAAAUUGAAUAAGACUUUGCCUUACGGACUUGGCUUCUUACAUUCUGGAGAUGACGAGUACAAAAAUACUUACUGUAUUUUUUUUAUCAGAUUUAAAUAUCAAUUAAGAAAUGUUAUUUUUAUCUUUGAUGUGUGGUCCUUCAUUAGCUGUUAUGACCUAGUGUUUUCUUGACUCAUUACGAAACCUAUAUUUGUUUUUUAUUGAUGUUUACAAUUUAUCUCAACUUUUGUCUGUAAAUUAAGCAUGGCUACUCAAUGUGUCUACUGUGUGGCUUGAUGCUUGGAUGUGCAAUGGCAUGCAUUCUUAAUACACACAAAGUUAUAUUUUA